AUGGCGUCUGUUGCGUACACCAAUGAUUGUCCGCGGCGGCCUUUUGCAUCUGGCAAUCGUGGCUGACGUGUCACAGAAUAUCCCCAUCCCUCUGCAAAAACCGUUUCCAUCUCUCCAAACUUUACCUCCAUAACUCCAUUAAAGCUGGUCGGAGGGAAUUUAGUCGCCAAGGAAUAUUCUUUAUCCCUGGAAGAGAGAUGAAGGCGAAGAAGAACCAAGGAAGAAGAAGAAGAUAAGGUCUGAAACGAAAGCCAAACGAGCCCUAAAACAUUAGGGUUGCGUUUUCCUUCCCUUCUCUCUUCUUCUAAUGCACCUGGGCUGAAACGUCUGAAAUAUCACGCCAAGGCAGAAAACACAACCCUUAAUUUGUCGGUGUGUUUCUCUAGUUAGAGCGGAAUGGAGAAGAGAGGGGAAAUCGCAAUCAGGAACAAUGGAUCUAAGUUUCCUUUGAGUUUCUGGGAGGUGGCGGCAGCAUCUAGCGUCGUUUUCACCUUUGUCUUGGGGCUUGCCUGUGUUUAUUUGACGAUGCCGGCUUCUGAUUACAGCUUCCUUAAGUUGCCCAGGACUCUCGAGGAUCUUCAAAUUCUCAGGAAUAACCUUGAAAGUUACACCAGCGACUACACCAUACAGGUUCUGGUGGGAUAUUGUGUGGUCUACAUCUUCAUGCAGACUUUUAUGAUUCCAGGAACUGUUUUUAUGUCACUGCUUGCUGGAGCCCUUUUUGGAGUCCUCAAGGGUGUGGCUUUGGUUGUCUUCACUGCCACAGCUGGUGCUUCGUCAUGUUAUUUCCUAUCAAAAUUGAUAGGGAGGCCCCUUGUCUUCUCUCUAUGGCCAGACAAAUUGAGUUUCUUCCAAGCCCAGGUAGCUAAAAGAAGAGAUAGCCUAUUGAACUAUAUGCUUUUCCUUAGGGUGACACCCACAUUACCUAACACAUUCAUUAACGUAGCCUCGCCAAUAGUAGAUGUGCCGUACCAUAUAUUCUUCCUGGCAACCUUUUUUGGACUCAUCCCAGCUGCUUAUGUCACAGUGAGGGCUGGAAUAACUCUUGGAGAGUUGCAAUCGGUAGGUGACCUUUAUGAUUUCCAGGCAAUUGCCACCAUGUUCCUUAUUGGGGUUGUUACAGUCACCCCUACUCUGAUGAGUAAGAGCAAGGUGUAGGGCGUCCUCAGACAGAUUGGUCCUCCAUGUGUUUUGGUAGCACAGAAACAUCACAGCAGGUCCUUACAUGUAGAGUUAGAGCAAGUUCAAUUUGCAGCUACAUCUCUACCGCUAGCAGAGAGAUCCUCACCACCACAAACCUGCAACAACUUGAGAGAAUAUUGCACUCUGGCCUCAGUCAGACAAAUCUUCAGAUGGCUACGGGGAAUAGUGUGGCUCAUGCGAUCAUUAAAUUGGUUUUGCACGUCCCAUUGUCAUUGAUUGCAAUCCAUAAGUUAACCACACUCCUGGCGUUCAAAAUGUAUUUAAAGUUAAUACAUUAAAAGUUAGUUAUUAAUGUAUGUAUGUAUUGUUAAUAUUCAUGUU